AUAAAAAUUGAUUUAUUUCAGUGAAAUAAAUUUAUAUCCCAUAAGUAAAUUUUUAAGAACGUUUUUCUUAAUGCAACUGCGUCCUCAUUACAUUUAUUCCGCGUAAUUAAUUUUAAUUACUAACUCUCGCUUUACUUUUUAGUCAAACCGGCAAUCGUGAAGAUUGUUCUGAGCGAGGAACAGAUCUUCGCGGGUCGCCCGAUCGCCGCCAAAUGCGAAACGUGGGGCAGCUCUCCAGCGGCUAGGAUCAUUUGGAGACUCGGCGAACGCGUAAUGGCCGAUCCCAACGUGUCGACCACGCAAAGGAGUAACUCGACGGUGAGCAAGCUGGCCUUGGUCCUGCUCAAGGAGGACGAUGGCAAGGAACUAGUCUGUCGGGCCGAAAAUCCGAGAUUUCCCGGGGGAGUGCUCGAGGAAGUGAAAAUACUACGCAUCUCUUAUGCUCCAGUGGUGGUCGCUCGUUUGGCUAAUGGCUACGUCUUGGACACUUUGAGGGAGGGCGACGAUCUCAAGUUGCUCUGCGACGUUCAGAGCAAUCCGCCACCGACGCGAGUGACUUGGUACCACAAUAACCAGCGGCUAGAGCACGACGUAAGCGCUGGGAUUCUGGUGGCCUCUAACUCGUUGACCCUCCGCGUGCUGACGCUCGCACACGUCGGCGAAUACUCCUGCGUGGCCACGAACGCCGUGGGAGAAACUCCUAGCCCGCCGCUUUUUAUUAACAUGAAAUGUGAGUAGUCGUUACAUUCAACGCGCAGCGAGGACUUGCUUUUGUCAAAAUGAAUCGUUUUUGCUUGUCAGAAAUGUGUCUAUGACAAGCCAAAUUAAAUUAUUUUUAGGACUUUAAUUUUUGGCUAAUUUAAUUUUAAUACCUAUUUCAUAAAAGUUUGAUUAGAGAACGGAGUAAUUAUUUCGAUUAGACUAUUGUAAAU